GGAGAGCUGAGUCGGUUGCGUCGCUGCGUCUGGUCAGUUACACCUUCUGGGUCGCUGGUGGCCGUGGGAGCCGGGUGGGGCCUCGGCAAUGAUCCGGCAUUAAGGACCUGGGGUCCUCUUCUGUCGCAGGUGGUUUGGGGAAAGUGUAGGGGCAACCAAAGAUCAUCCACUUGACUAGGCCUUUUGCCCUGAACCUCAUGAAGAAAUGAUAGGAGGCAGACAUACGUGCCUAAGAAGAGCACUGAGCUCAGAGGACAGCAACACGGAGUUUUGGGGGUGUGCUUUGAGUCCAUCAGAUGCAGGAGUUUGAAUGUCUUUUAUUGCUCAAAGUAAUUGAAAUUAAAAGCUGAAGACUUUGUGUGAACUAGUGAAAUUCAUGCUGCAAAGUGUGAUUUUAUCUAAUUAAAAGUAUGUAAUCCUUGAUAGGGGAUUUUUGUACAUCAAUGGCAGAAUCCUCCAGUGAUUCAGACCACUUCCGUUCUCGUGACCGAUUGAGUCGAUGGGCUGCCAGUUCAGUACACAGGGAAACUCGAAAUUGUCCUACCGUGGAUGUCACCGAGAAAGUCAACACUAUAACAAGUACUUUACAGGACACCGGUCGGAACCUGAGACAAGUCGACCAGAUGCUUGGACAGUAUCGAGAAUAUAGUAAUGGACAGGCGGGGGCUAUAGAACAUUUAAAAGAAAGCUUGGAACAAUCAAUAGGCCAACUGCGGAGUCAACGUUUAUUGAGAAACUCAGGAGGGAGAAGUAUUUCUGUUACAAGUCUGAGUACAAGUGAUCUCGAUGGUGGCACUGUGACAGAGAGCCACCGUUUUCCACCUACCUCACCUCUUAAGGACUAUGGGGAUCAACAGAGUAUUAAACGAAAUAGGUCCAGAACUGGUGUCCGCUUUGUUCGGGAGACUGAUGACGUGGGCCAGUUUCAUGCUUUUCAUCAGUCCCUCCGAGACCUCAGCAGUGAACAAGUCCGCCUUGGAGAUGAUUUCAACCGGGAACUUGCCAGAAGAAGCCGGUCGGAUGCUGAAACAAAAAGGGUUUUGGAAGAAUUGACUGAAAAACUUAAUGAAGCCCAAAAACAAGAAGUGGUUUCAGAUCGGGUGGAGCGACGACUUCAGGAGAUAGAAAGAGAGAUGCGUACGGAAAGAGAGCUGGUGGAAAGACGGCAGGAUCAACUGGGACUUAUUUCUUUGCAGCUACAGGAGGCUUUGAAGAAACAAGAAGCUAAAGCAGAGGAGAAUGAGGGAGUAAUGAAAGAUAAGCUAAGACAAACUGAAACUGAAAAGAGUAAACUUGAACAGGAAUUGGAGCUAUCUCGAAGGUUAUUGAAUCAGUCAGAAGGCAGCAGAGAAACGCUUUUGCAUCAGGUAGAAGAACUCCGUACACAACUUAUGAAAGCAGAAGGUGAUCAAAAAGGUUUACAGCAUCAAGUAUCUCAGAUUUCCAAGCACCAGUCAAACCAUCAGGAUGAACAAGGAGAUGACUGGAGGUUUAGGAGAGGGGUUGAGCGGGAAAAAGAGGAUCUGGAGAAGCAGAUGUCAGAUUUGAGAGUGCAACUGAACUUCAGUGCAAUGGCAUCUGAGUUAGAGGAAGUGAAGCGGUGCUUGGAGCGAAAAGACAAGGAGAGAGUACAUUUGGCAGCACAAGUAGAGAAUUUAACACAUGAAUUGGAGAAUAGGGAAAAACAGCAACUAGAGAUGUUGGAUGAACUGAAGGAGAUCCAGAAUCACUUUGAGACGUGUGACGCCAAACAUAAGCGCGCUGACCUCCAGAUCUCAAAGCUGACUCAGCAUGCUGAGGAUGCCACCAAGCAGGCCGAGCAGUACCUGCUUGAGUUCCAGCAGUCGGAGGCCCUGAGACAGGAGGCAGAGAAGAGGAGAGAAGAGCUGAAGCUGAAAGCUCAGGAGUCCAUUCGCCAGUGGAAGCUUAAGCAUAAGAAGUUAGAGCGAGCACUGGAGAAACAAUCUGAAACUGUUGAUCAACUGACAGACAAGAAUAAUCAGAUUCUAAAAGAAAAGGAUGAACUGAAAAGCCAGCUUUAUGCAGCAUUACAACAAAUAGAGAAUCUUCGAAAGGAAUUGAACGAUGUGCUAACCAAGCGUGCCCUUCAAGAGGAGGAGCUUCACUGUAAGGAGCAGAAAUUAAGUGAUGUUAAAUCUCAUCAAGCUGACCUUGAACUAGAAGUCAGGGAUUCCCUGGAUACCAUCCAUAGGCUAGAAAGUGAGUUGACAAAGCAGAGUAAGAUUCAAAGCCAGUUGAAAGCUGAGAAAGCUCACCUGGAGAAAGAAAUUGCAGAGCUGAAGGAGAGCCAGGCCAAGGACAAAGCUCAACUUCUCGAGAUGCAAGAGGCCAUCAAGGACUUGAGUGCCAUCCGGGCAGAUCUCGCAAAUAAAUUGGCGGAAGAACAGAGAGCCAGGAAAGAGGUACUCAGGAGCCUUUCUGACCUCAAGACACAGGCAGAAUCCAAAGAUGAAGAAACAGCCACAAUCAUUUCACAGUUAAAGCUAGAAAGAGAUGUUCACCAGAGGGAGCUGGAAGAUCUCACAUCCUCAUUGCAGAGUGUGAAAACUAAACAUGAACAGAAUAUCCAGGAGCUGAUGAAGCACUUCAAGAAAGAAAAGAGUGAGGCUGAGAAUCAUAUUAGGACACUGAAGGCAGAAAGCUUAGAAGAUAAGAAUAUGGCUAAAGUCCAGCGCUGUCAGCUAGAGAAGUUGAAAUCACAGUAUGACAGGCUGACAGAGGAAUUAACCCAGAAUGAAAAUGAGAACAAAAAACUGAAGCUAAAAUACCAGUGUUUGAAGGACCAACUAGAAGAAAAGGAAAAACAUAUGAACAAUGAAGAAGAGCACUUAAGGAGGAUGGAAGAGGCCAGAUUGCAGCUCAAGGAUCAACUUCUUUGUCUGGAGACUGAACAGGAAUCCAUUCUUGGUGUGAUAGGAAAGGAAAUUGAUGCAGCUUGUAAAACCUUCUCCAGGGACUCAAUGGAAAAAUUGAAAGUUUUUUCAUCUGGUCCUGAUAUUAAUUAUGACCCACAUCGCUGGUUAGCAGAAAGCAAGACUAAACUUCAAUGGCUGUGUGAGGAACUGAAAGAGAGAGAAAACAGAGAGAAAAGUCUACGGCACCAGCUGAUGUUGUGCAGACAGCAACUCAGGAAUAUGACUGAAAACAAGGAAGCUGAGCUUCAGUGUCUCUUUGAACAGAUAGAAAGACAGGAGCAGCUUCUGGAAGAAAUACAUCGGGAGAAGAGAGAUCUGCUAGAGGAGACUCACAGAAAAGAUGAAGAAAUGGAAUCUCUGCAGGACCGUGUAAAUGCAUUAGAAACGAGUACCCGAGUGGCCUUGGACCAUCUGGAGUCUGUGCCUGAGAAACUGAGCCUACUAGAAGAUUUCAAAGGCUUCAGAGGUUCCCGCAGUUUAUCCGACAGAACUGAUGGGAGAUAUUCUAAGAACAGUGUUCACAGAGAGUCUCUUCAGCAGCACCUGGAUGACACCAAGUACAGAAUCCAAAGCUUCAAAAAUGACAGAAACUUUGCUGAAAGUUCUCAAGCUCAUGGGUUAGAUCAGUCAUCCUCUUGGCAGGAUCACAGUCGCUUCCUGUCUAGUCCACGAUAUUCACACUUGAACUCAUUUACCCAAAGAACAGUUGCUCCGGAUUCACCUUCAAUCAAGGAAGAUGCAACAAGUUUAUUGAUGGAUGGAAGAAGUCCACAAUCCAAAAAGGAGGAAUACGAAAGCAAAAACAGCAAAAUCAUCUCAGCCUUUCUUGACAUCCAAGUGUUUUUAAGACCUAUCCUCUUUACAUGCUGAUCUACCAGUGGAGAAAGAUUUCUAUUAAAUGCUAAAUAAGAGUAAACAUCCAGGAACUAAACCCCACUGGGUCAUGAUGGAAAGAUUCUGAACAGAGACAAGGACAAUAAAGCGAUAUC